GUGGCGGCGCCGGGUCCGGGAGUGGAAAGGAGCUGAGGCUGCAGCCCGAGUGGAGCGGCUGCCAGCCGAGGAGCAGGCGCGGCCGCGGCGCCAUAUUGCGGCCCCAGCGGUCGCUACCGAGCCAUGGCCGAGACCUACGACUUCCUCUUCAAAUUCCUGGUGAUUGGCAGUGCUGGAACUGGCAAGUCAUGUCUCCUCCAUCAGUUCAUUGAGAAUAAGUUCAAACAGGACUCCAACCACACCAUCGGCGUGGAGUUUGGAUCCAGGGUGGUCAACGUUGGGGGGAAGACUGUGAAGCUCCAGAUUUGGGACACUGCUGGCCAGGAGCGGUUUCGGUCGGUGACGCGGAGUUAUUACCGAGGGGCAGCUGGAGCCCUGCUGGUGUACGACAUCACCAGCCGGGAGACAUACAACUCGCUGGCUGCGUGGCUGACUGACGCCCGAACACUGGCCAGCCCCAACAUCGUAGUCAUCCUCUGUGGCAACAAGAAGGACCUGGACCCUGAGCGUGAGGUCACUUUCCUAGAAGCCUCCCGCUUUGCUCAGGAGAAUGAGCUGAUGUUCCUGGAGACCAGCGCUCUCACUGGUGAGAAUGUGGAAGAAGCUUUCCUGAAGUGCGCACGCACCAUCCUCAACAAGAUCGACUCAGGUGAACUAGACCCGGAGAGGAUGGGCUCAGGCAUUCAGUAUGGUGACGUAUCCCUUCGCCAGCUGAGGCAGCCUCGCAGCGCGCAGGCCGUGGCCCCUCAGCCUUGUGGCUGCUGAGACCUGCAGAGCCAGCUCACCUGUUCUCCUGGACCAGCCCUGCCCGAAGGCUGGGGCUCAGAACCAGGCCCCAAGAGGCCAGGCCCCAGUCUGCCCCAGCCCCAGAAAAGCUACUCUAUCAGCCAUUCCCCCUUCCCUGGCCUGGUGGGGCCUGGCAUUGGGGCAAGAUUGAGCCACAGGGGAAGGGGGAACCCAUACCUGCUGCUGCUUCCUCUGUCUUGGCUAACUAUUCCCCCGAGCCCCUAACCAUACCUGAAGAACUCCCAAAGCUUGAGACCAGGGCCCUUUGGCCCCCACUUCCUGCCUGGCCCUGCUGUUGCAAGUCUGUUAUUUAUUACCUGGAGGCCUGCUCCAUCCUGUCCCGGCCCUCCAUAAAGUACUGUUUACACCCGA